GUCUAAAAUGAUAGCUGGGAAAGACGGUGUUCCUACAGAAUUCCACUCAGUAAUAUUUGCAUAAUGUCAAAGUUGGCAAAGUUUACCAAAUUAAGAUAUUGUGGCUGCUUGCUUCACUAUAAAUUCCAGCUGCAGACCCCGUUAUUCCAUGCACUACCACUUUAUAUCCUUUGCUUUCUUUGUAUUCUUUGCUCAAUAAAUCAUCUAUGGCUCUCUCUCUUCAAUCCCUUUUGAUACUUUUCACAACUUUGCUUCUCAAACAAAUUCUGGUGGACGCAGCAACAUGCAGCAACUGUUUCACCCGUUCACGAGCUGCGCACUACCCAAACUCUGAUGAACAGGGAACAGAUGUUGGUGCAUGCGGGUUUGGUUCUUUUGGAGCAACAAUAAAUGGCGGAGAUGUAUCGGCAGCAUCUGACCUCUACCGCAAUGGUGUUGGCUGCGGUGCUUGUUAUCAGGUAAGGUGCACCAACAGCAACUAUUGUUCAGACAAAGGUGUGACAGUUGUUGUAACUGAUCAAGGUUCAGGUCACAACACUGAUUUCGUCCUGAGCCAACGAGCCUUUGGUAGGAUGGCUCAGACAACAGAUGCAGCUGCAUCUCUAUUAGCCCUUGGAGUGGUCGACAUUGAAUAUAGGCGCGUUUCAUGCAGCUAUCCAAAUAAGAAUAUUACAAUCAAGAUUGAUGAGAGUAGCGACUACCCUCAUUAUUUGGCAUUUGUUCUAUGGUAUCAACAAGGUGACAAGGAUAUCACAGCUGUUCAGCUAUGUGAGACUCAAAACUUUGUGUGCAAGCUAUUGGAUAGGAGUCAUGGAGCAGUAUGGACAACCACUUCACCACCAAGUGGUCCAUUGUCUUUGAGAAUGUUACUGAGCGGAGAGGAUGGAGAUGAGUCAUGGAUUGUUCCUAUUAAUAACAUACCAGAAAAUUGGAAAGGUGGAGAGACAUAUGACACAGGAGUUCAAAUUAGUGUCUAGGAAUAUGCACUAGGGUCUUUCAGUUCUUUGUUUAGCAAUACAGGUAAAAGAAUAAAUUCACAGGCUUUCCUGGAAUGUGUAGUUUCAUCAUGCUUUAUAGGUUAGCAUAUAAUUUAUUAUUUUGUCAAAGAAAGGGAUGACAAACUUUAGUAAGAUAAAUUCUUAUGUAAUGUA